AAUAAUAAAUUGAAGAAGCGCAAAAUUUCAAACAACUGUUGUGGACAACGGGCCAAAGUUAAAUCGAUUUCGAAGACAUACGAUAUACCACACUUCUAAAAUUAAUAAUUUGAAUUAAUUAAUUCGAUUCAAUAUUAUAAUUCCUUUGUAUACAAUUGAAUUUAUUAUAAGAGUUAUAAAUCCGUUAUUCAUAUAGAAGACUUAAUUAUUAAAUUAUUGAUCUAAGGAAUUACCAUACAUAGAUAGUUAAUAAGAAUGAAAUUAUUUAAUAUAGCAUCAUUUUUAACUAUAUCAACUUCAAUAGUUGCUGGUACUCAAUGGUAUCCCUUGGAUAUAAAGGGAGAAAUCCCAGCUACUUUUACUCCUUAUAAAAGAGGUGAUAAUGUUUAUUUGGAUUGUAUUUCUAGAAAUAUUGAUAAUGGUGAACAUAAAUUUGAUGAACAAGAUAAAAUUAUAUAUGGACCAUUCCCAACUUGUAAAGAAACAGGUAAACCAUUAAAUUUUAAAUAUGGAAUUAGUGAAGAUUUCAAUUGUACAAUUACAUUCAGUGAUGAAUUAUAUCAUUUAUUUCAAUUAUAUAUUCAUGAAGAUGUUCCUUUUAGUUGUCGAUUACCUAUAAGUAGUGAAUCACAUUAUUUAGAACAAGGUGGUGCUUACAUCCCAUUAACAUUUAACUUUAGAGGUGAAAUUCAUGAUAGUCAUCUCGAUAUUGAUCCUACAUUGAAUGUAUUAAUUACUAAACCAGCCAAUAAUAAUGAAGAUGAAAAUACAUUUAUUAGUGCUGUUGCAUAUUCAUCAGGUACAAAUGCUACAAGAAUAGUCAUUGGUGAUUCCUUAACUUUAAGUGUAGCUGUCAGAUUCUUAGAUCAAUUGAAAGUGACAAGUUCAGGUACAACUCCUGCUGGAUUACCUUAUGCUGAAGGAUUCUAUAAGUUUCCUAUUAAUUUUACUCCAAUAAGUCCAACUUCAUCUGCUAUACUUUUAUUUAUGGCAGUACUAAUUACAGGUAUCAUUGUAUUUGCUGCAACUUAUAAUUAUCUCUCCAAGAGAUUAAUUAAGUCUCAUAAGUAUAAGUCAGUUGAUUCUGAAGCAUUCACAAAAAUGGAUUAAUUUACGUAUUAAUCAAAUAAGUCAGAUUACUUAUAGUACUUUAAUUUUUUAUUCUAUCGAUAGUAUAAACGUAUAUCAUUUAUAAUCUAAUUAACUAUUGAUGUUGCAGUCUAAUUUUCUUUAUAUACCUUAAUUUACGCGC